ACAAGCUCCUCUUUCGUCAGAUUUCAGAGUCUCAAUCAAAUUCACUCUGAUUUUUUCUAAAUUCAAAAAUAAUGGAAAUCGAUAACGUAGAAGAGGAAGAAUUCGUAUUAUCGAGAAACUAUUUUCUUGCAAAAGACUUGGCCGCCUCAGGAAAGAAAUCGACUCAUAAGCUUUCAGAUAUUGACAUUGUUGAUGAACAGGAGCUAAGAGCAGCAGCUUUAGAUAUUGAACCCAAGCAUGAGAAAGAGAUUGCUUUGCUGAUUAACAGUUACAAAAGUUUGUAUUCUAAAUGGGUUUUCGAGCUACGGUGUGGCUUUGGCCUUCUUAUGUAUGGAUUUGGAUCUAAGAAGGUGUUACUGGAAGAUUUUGCUUCAACAGCUUUAAAUGAAUAUUCUGUGGUUGUAAUCAAUGGCUAUCUUCAGUCAGUCAACAUCAAACAAGUUGUAAUAACUUUAGCUGAAGUUCUGUGGGAUCAAUUGAAAUCCAAACGACAGACUGCUUCCAAGAAUUUACCUAAAGCUCAACAACCAUUUAAUUCUCGAUCCAUGGAUGAUCUUCUUGCAUUUUUGGACGGGUCAAAGGUGGGGGAGAAUGAUUGUUUUGUGUGUGUUGUUAUUCACAACAUUGAUGGACCUGGGUUAAGAGACUUUGAAACUCAACAAUGUCUUGCACAAAUUGCUUCCUGCACCCAUAUUCGCUUAAUCGCCUCCAUUGAUCACGUGAAUGCACCUCUUUUGUGGGACAAGAAGAUGGUUCACACACAGUUCAAGUGGUGCUGGUAUCAUGUCCCUACGUUUGCACCAUACAAAUUUGAAGGGAUGUUCUUCCCUUUGAUUCUUGCACAUGGCAGUAACGCCCAAAGUGCCAAAACAGUUGCAAUAGUUUUACAAAGUUUGACGCCGAAUGCUCAAAGUGUCUUCAAAAUUCUUGCUGAAUAUCAACUGUCUCAUCCUGAUGAAGAAGGCAUGCCAUUUGAUAAUCUAUACACAACUGCUCGGGAGCGCUUCCUAGUGAGCAGUCAGGUUACUCUUAACUCCCAUUUGACCGAAUUCAAAGAUCAUGAGUUAGUGAAGACUAGAAGGCAUUCUGAUGGCCAGGAUUGCUUAUACAUUCCUCUUGCAUCCGAAGCACUUGAAAAAUUGUUAUCUGAUAUGAGUCAAUAAGGCGUUUCGGCUCAUUGCAGAUUAGCUUGAAUUUUGACAGGAAUAUUCACCAGUAACGCAAAGCACAAGGCCGUGAUCGGAAAUAUUAUGCAGCUCAGUUCUUAUAUGGGAUGGCUCAAUUUAGCUGUUGCGCGAUGACCAGAGCCUAUGGGAUAGCUUCGAAAUUGAUUUAUGCUGUUUUAUACUGUGUAGUUUGCCCAUUAAUGAACAAAUGGAAGUAAAAGAUCUGUAUUUUAGAUCUGAGUUUUUGUUUGGGAUGGCUUUUCAUGUUCUUUAUCAAUAUGAAUGUCACUGCAUUUGUCAUCCAAUUAAAAUUAUGUAUGGAUGUAAAUUUGUUUAGACUUGUCAUUUUUGUACUAAAGAAAGCUCUUCAUUUUGCCAUGUGAAAUUAU